AUGGAAGAUCACUAUUCUCCUUCUGGGCCUGCAGCUCCUGCAGAGGCAAACUGGGUUCAAACAAGUGCUGCAGUAUAUGAUGAGUCCUUUUUAGUCCCAUGCCAAUCUCAUGCCUCUGCUUCUGCCAACUUUCAAGUUCAUGGAUUCCCUUCAUGGUCGAUACCGAUUCAGGAGGCUUCAGAAGAUAAAGCUGCUUCUAGUUCCAAGAGUCACAGCCAAGCUGAGAAGCGGCGCCGGGACAGGAUUAAUUCACAACUGGGAAUUCUUAGGAAACUCAUUCCCGAAUCAGAAAAGAAUUCACUGACUACAGAACUUGAGAUGAAUCAAUCUUUCCUGGCACAGAUGGACAAGGCAGCCCUGCUAGGAAGUGCGAUUGAUCAUGUGAAGGAUCUCAAGGAAAAAGCAGCAGAAAUCAGCAGAACCUUCACAAUCCCAACUGAAGUUGAUGAAGUAACGGUUGAUUGUGAUGUUUCUCAAGUCAAGGACGACCCGUUCAUCAGGGCUUCUGUUUGCUGCGAUGAUCGGCCAGAACUGUUUUCGGAGCUCAUUCGGGUACUCAAAGGCCUUAGACUAACCAUUGUUAGAGCUGAUAUUGCUAGUGUAGGUGGAAGAGUCAAAAGCAUAUUAGUACUUUGCAAUCAGUGCAGUAAAGAGGGCAGUGUCUCAAUUAGCACUAUUAAACAGUCACUUAAUCUAGUUUUAAGUAGAAUUGCUUCAUCAUCAGUGCCGUCAAAUUAUCGUAUUAGAAGCAAGAGGCAAAGUGAUAAAGUUCUACAGGUGGAAAAGACGGAUUCUUUGUUACAGUGA